AUGGCGGCCUCGGCGGCGGCGGCGGCGGCGGCCUCGGCCUCGGCGGCCUCUGGCAGCCCGGGCUCCGGCGAAGGCUCGGCGGGCGGCGAGAAGCGCGCCAGCGCCUCGGCCACGGCGGCCUCGGCCACGGCGACCUCGGCGUCGGCCUCGUCGCCCGCGGGGGGCGGCGGCGAGGCGCUCGAGCUGCUGGAGCACUGCGGCGUGUGUCGCGAGCGCCUGCGGCCCGAGCGGGAGCCGCGCCUGCUGCCCUGCCUGCACUCGGCCUGUAGUGCGUGCCUGGGGCCCGCCGCUCCGGCCGCGUCCAACAGCUCGGGGGAUGGCGGCGGCCCGGCGGGCGACGGCGCUGUGGUGGACUGUCCCGUGUGCAAGCAGCAGUGUUUCUCCAAAGACAUCGUGGAGAAUUACUUCAUGCGAGAUUGUGGCAACAAGGCCUCCUCCGAUUCCCAGGAUGCUAAUCAGUGCUGCACUAGCUGUGAGGAUAACGCUCCAGCCACCAGCUACUGUGUGGAGUGCUCCGAGCCUCUGUGUGAGACAUGCGUGGAGGCCCACCAGCGGGUGAAAUAUACCAAGGACCACACUGUGCGCUCUACCGGGCCAGCCAAGACUCGAGAUGGUGAGCGCACUGUCUACUGCAAUGUGCACAAGCAUGAACCCCUUGUGCUGUUCUGUGAGAGCUGUGAUACCCUCACCUGCCGGGACUGCCAGCUCAACGCCCACAAGGACCACCAGUAUCAGUUCCUGGAGGAUGCUGUGAGGAACCAACGCAAGCUGCUGGCCUCACUGGUGAAACGCCUUGGGGACAAACAUGCCACUCUGCAGAAGAAUACCAAGGAGGUUCGCAGCUCAAUCCGCCAGGUGUCUGAUGUACAGAAGCGUGUUCAGGUGGAUGUCAAGAUGGCCAUUCUGCAGAUCAUGAAGGAGCUGAAUAAGCGGGGCCGUGUGCUGGUCAACGAUGCCCAGAAAGUGACUGAGGGGCAGCAGGAGCGCCUGGAGCGGCAGCACUGGACCAUGACCAAGAUCCAGAAGCACCAGGAACACAUCCUGCGCUUUGCCUCUUGGGCUCUAGAGAGUGACAACAACACAGCCCUUCUGCUCUCUAAGAAGCUGAUCUAUUUCCAGCUGCAUCGGGCCCUUAAAAUGAUUGUGGAUCCUGUAGAGCCACAUGGUGAGAUGAAGUUUCAGUGGGACCUCAAUGCCUGGACCAAGAGUGCGGAGGCCUUUGGCAAGAUUGUGGCUGAGCGUCCUGGCACUAACUCCACGGGCCCUACGCCCAUGGCUCCUCCAAGAGCUCCUGGGCCCCUGAGCAAGCAAGGCUCUGGCAGUAGCCAGCCCAUGGACGUACAGGAAGGCUAUGGCUUUGGGUCAGAUGAUCCCUAUUCAAGUGCAGAGCCCCACGUGUCAGGCAUGAAGCGGUCCCGCUCAAGUGAGGGAGAGGUGAGUGGCCUCAUGCGCAAGGUGCCACGGGUGAGCCUCGAGCGCCUGGACCUGGACCUCACAGCGGAUAGCCAGCCGCCAGUCUUCAAGGUCUUCCCAGGCAGCACCACUGAGGACUAUAACCUCAUUGUUAUUGAGCGUGGUGCUGGUGCUGCUGCUGCAGCUGCUGGUCAGGCUGGGACUGUGCCCCCAGGAGCCCCUGGUGCUCCACCCCUGCCUGGCAUGGCCAUUGUCAAGGAGGAAGAGACAGAGGCUGCCAUUGGAGCCCCCCCUGCUGCCACUGAAGGUCCUGAGACCAAGCCUGUGUUGAUGACUCUGACUGAAGGCCCUGGUGCUGAGGGCCCCCGCCUGGCCUCCCCUAGUGGAAGCACCACCUCAAGCCUGGAGGUGGUGGCUCCCGAGGUUACCUCUGCCCCAGUGGGUGGUCCAGGCACUCUGGAUGACAGUGCCACCAUCUGCCGUGUCUGCCAGAAGCCAGGUGACCUGGUCAUGUGCAACCAGUGCGAGUUUUGCUUCCACCUGGACUGCCACUUGCCUGCCCUGCAGGAUGUGCCAGGGGAGGAGUGGAGCUGCUCACUUUGCCACGUGCUUCCUGACUUGAAGGAAGAGGAUGGCAGCCUUAGCCUGGAUGGUGCAGACAGCACCGGUGUGGUGGCCAAGCUCUCACCAGUCAAUCAGCGGAAAUGUGAGCGUGUCCUGCUGGCACUGUUCUGCCAUGAACCCUGCCGUCCCUUACAUCAGCUGGCCACAGACUCUACCUUCUCCAUGGAGCAGCCAGGUGGUACCCUGGACCUGACCCUGAUACGUGCCCGCCUCCAGGAGAAGCUGUCACCCCCUUAUAGCUCCCCUCAGGAGUUUGCCCAGGAUGUGGGCCGUAUGUUCAAGCAGUUCAACAAACUGACUGAGGACAAGGCGGAUGUGCAGUCCAUCAUCGGCCUGCAGCGCUUCUUCGAAACACGCAUGAAUGAUGCCUUUGGUGACACCAAGUUCUCUGCUGUGCUGGUGGAGCCGCCUCCGUUGAGCCUGCCUAGUGCUGGCUUAAGUUCUCAGGAGCUGUCUGGUCCUGGUGAUGGUCCCUGAAGUUGGGGCCUCUGGCUAGCCCAGCCAAGCUCUGAUCUUUCCCCAUCUCCUCUUUCCUUUGGUGGCCUGACUUCUGCUCCCUGGUGGCACCAUCCCUCAGUCCCUCACAAAAUGGUUUUUACUUCUGUGGAUUUAAUAAAAACUUCACCAGUCA